AUGGCCGAGCGACCGGCGGCCAUUUUAACAUUCGGGCGGGAAAAUAAAUCCACUCUCUCUCUCUCUCUCUCCCCCUCUCUCUCUCUCUCUCUCUCUCUCUCUCUCUCUCUCCCUCUCAUUUUCGCACUCGAACUCACCACCCAUUCAUUUUAUUGUACGCUACCCCCCUCUCUCUCUCUCUCUUCCUCGCUCUCCCCCUAUCUCUCUCCCUCUCUCUCCCUCUCUCUCUCUCUCUCCCUAUUUCAUUUAUCUCUUUUGCUUGUUUCUCUUUCUCUUUCUCUUUUUCACUUUCUCUUUCUCUGUCUCUCUUUGUUUUUGUCUCCUCUCUUUUUAUUUCAUUUCUCCCUCAUACUUUUCUCAAUGUUUCUCUUUCACUUUCUUUCACUCUCUCUCUCUCUCUCUCUCUCUCUCUCUCUCUCUCUCUCUCUCUCAGUCUCUGUUCUUUCUAUCUAUCUAUCUCUCCCUCUGUCUCGCUGCCUCAGUUUGUAUCUCUCUCUCUCUCUCUCUCUCUCUAUAUAUAUAUAUAUAUAUAUAUAUAUAUAUAUAUAUAUAUAUCACUUUCGCCUUCAUCCUCUUUCUCUCUCUCCCUCUCUCUCUCUCUCUCUCUCUCUCUGCUUACCCCAUCUCCGUAUGUCUUUCAUUUGUCUUUCUUGCAAUUCUCUCUGUCUUUCGUUUUCACUCAAUCACUCUCUCGCUCUGUGUUCCUGUCUCUCCAUUUCUCUCUCUCUCUCUCCCUCACUCUUUCCCUUCCUUCCUCUUUUUCUCUCUAUCUUUCACUUUCUUUUACUAUCUCUUUCCUUUUCUCUAACACUAACUCUCUUCGCCUUUAAUUUUCGCUUCCUUUCACUUUCUCUCAUUCGCUUUCUCAAUCACCGUAUAUGUGGCAUUUAUCUUUCUUGCAUUACUCACUUAGUCUCUGUUUCCUUCUUUCUCUUUCUCUCUCUCUCUCUCUCUCUCUCUCCUCUCUCUCUCUCUUGCUCACCACCUUCAAAUUCACUUUCGCUCCUACUUCUGGACUUCGCUCUUCCCGAACUGACUGGUUUGUCUGCUCUCGCAGCUUGCGGACAGACACACGGCUCUUGUUUAGCUAAUCGGAAGUCGCCCAAGGGACUUCUGCUCAACGUUACCGAACGGCGAGUGUCUUGGGUGGGUUGUAACUUUUGA